AGGUAAAAAUAAAUGCUGUGCAAUGCACAGGCGCCAUGCUGAAGGACGUGUUAGGAAGUAUAGAAAGUACGGUUGCGAGACGCACGCACAUUCAAUAACCAACUGAUUUGCUUGCGUAUUCCCCAAGUUGCGAGCCUCUAGGUAACAUCAACAGUCUGAACUUUCAGCGCUGACAAACUGAUGAUCGGCAUCGGCAGCGGCAGGCCACAGUAUACAAGUCAGCCUCACGAACUUGAAGGUCCUUCGAAUACUUUCAAAUAAAACAUUGUCCACAUCUGCUAAACCUCGCUGGCGAACAAACGGGACAUGGAUUCCAGAUCGCAACAGCCCACUGCGGCAGUAAACCAACUGACUCUGACACCUGUGUUCACCUUGGAGGGUCACGAAGACACUAUUCCAUCCAUAUCGUACUUUCCGGGCGGGAAGCGAAUAAUCAGCGGGUCAUCCGACAUGACCACUCGUCAAUGGGACCUAGAAGCGGGUGAGGAAAUUGAGGAGGCACGUGGUCGUUGUAUGCGGCACGUAAAGACUUUGGGGGUAUCAAGGGAUGGCCGAUGGGUUGUCUCUGCAGGUUGGUCAUAUGCCGGGCCCAGGGUCUGUGAGGUUGAGACGGGGAUCGUGAGAACGUUUAAAGACAGUUCCAAAGAAUUCUGCAGGAUGAUCACCUGCAUUGAUAUCUCCGCGGACAGCACGUUACUGGCGGGAGCAGGAGAUUCCACAGUGUGGAUAUGGAGCUUGGAAACAGGCAAAAUUGUGGUUGGUCCAUUCAAAAGUGCCAACUGGGCAGAGGCGGUUCGAUUCUCGCAUGACUCCAAGAAGCUCGCACUCAAAUCACGGAAUUCGAAAGAAGUGUGGAAUGUCCAAACACAGAAAUUGGAUGUUAGCCUUAAAAUGGAGGGGUCUGUGAAGCACACAUACGAACGCCUGCCAGUGUUUUGGACUACCAAAAACACCACGAUCGUAACCGAGGCAUACCAGGACUCCACACGGGCGACCAUCUAUGAAUUCGACGCAUCUACCUUGAAGACUGUCGGAGCCCCCUUCGGACACCACACCGACAUCACCGGACUAGCACUUUCACUUGAUUGUGCUCUCCUCAUAUGCGCUUCUACUAGCGUCGUCCCUACUUCUGACACCAUCAAACUCUGGGCCUUUGAGUCCCGCCAGCUCCUCGCCUCAUUUAAUGUUGUGCAUGCUCGCCUCCUCUUCCUCUCACCCGACUCGCGCCAGCUAGUUUACACCGGCCUGGGCAGCAACAACAUCUACGUAUGCAACACUCCCCCUGAGAUUCUCGCUAGCAUUCAGCCUGUACUGCAAGUUAGAACCAAUGCUCCUAGAAACCUACCGCUCGCUGAUGCUAGCGCACUCUCUCGCAACGCGAAUCAAUCUACUAUUUUGCUCGUCACGCAGGACCUGAAUCCUGGACUGACGGGCACGCCGGAACCUCUCGCAUACGGCCUACCAACAUGAUACCGCUUCCUGACAUGUGGCCUACUCUUCCCCCUCCACCACAGAUACCCUCUUCUACAGUAGGUUCAAGGCUACCCCAGUUACGCCCCGACCCCCGCGAACUCGUUCCCUCCUCUUCCCAUGUGCAUACAGUCUCCACUCGUAA